AUGCAUAGGAACCAGAGGAAACCGAUAUGCUCUGAGGACCAGCAACCCAACGAAAACAUCAACAAACGUCUCCAGGAUGCGCCUCCUGCAAUCUUAGUAGCGAGUUCUCGUACACAAACUGCUUCUAGCGGCCGCAAGCGUGGAUGGGUGGAUAGAGGGAGUACUCGUUGGGUAGGACGUCGUCGUAAUCAUGGUCGUGGACGAGGCGGGUGGAAUUGGGGUCUUGGAGGACACGAUGGAAAUAACCCUUCUGAGGGUUCAUCCAGGUUCGGCGGGAAGCCCAACGCCGGCGGUUUUCACUCAUUCGAAGGAAUCGCGCGCGAUGAUAGGAAUUUUGGGAGUUUCGCAUCGUCUUCGACGGCUUACUGGGAAGCGACAGGAGGGGAAUCCUGCACUGAUACAUUUCCUCAUCGCAUGCCAACACUUGGCAACUUCACUGGACCCCGCAAUGGGACCAAGGCAAAACGAAAGUUCACGCCACAAAGGCCUCAGCGGUCAACUAUUCCAACAACUUCAUCACCACUGCUAGGCGAAUCUGUUUCGUUAUUUACUCCUCCACCGUCGCCUCGGCGAGAACCCUCCUCCUUACCUUUUGAGGAAAUAUCAUCUAUUUUUCCUCAGGCAACACCUGAAUGUCGGUCACCAUCACAAGGCCACUCAGAUACCCUUACUCCUAGACUACCGACCCCUCAUCGUUCCUCACACUCCCAUUCUUCUCCAAGACAGUACAGAGAUAUCGCUGUGCAGGCUGAGGAGGAAAAGGUGUUGAUACCUAGGAAACGAACCCUGAUCUCCUCCCCAGUUCUUGGAGCCACUGUGCUUCCUGCCCAUCCGUCUAGUCCCAAGAGGCUAAAAGCGUCGAAUCCAAAGAUCCAAACAGAGGUCAAGGUAGAACGUCGGAGUCCCGUGGCGGUCCUUGUCUCUGCAUCGCCAUCCCAAACUCCCCCUUCGGUACCACACUCAUUAUCGAACAACCAGAGGGAAUCGCAGUCGAGUUCCGAAAUGGCGAUGCUCGAGCCAGGCCGAGCAAUCAAGUUGGAAUCGGCGAUUAUUUCUAUCUUUGAACCAGUUGGGGUGAAUCCUGGCAUGGAGAUACCGAUUCGACAUGCGGGUCCUCAAGCUCAAGUCAUCAUAAAAAGAGAGCGAAGCCCCAGUCCUCUGCCUUCACCUCCUCGCCUGAAAUUGACAUCUCGAGCGGAAUGGUUUCCACUGCCCGACAAUUGCCAAAAAUCCCACUACAAGUGGGUGGACAAUCGGAUGGCUCUGUUUCAAUGUGAAGCGGCCAAGUUUACUCGGAGGAGGUUCAAGAUCACUAAACAGUUGUGGAGGCCUGACGGAUUGGUUAUUGAAUGGACCAGCCCUUGUUCGGUGUGGUCAGAUACUCUGGAACCAACGUCACCUGGAGCCGCACCUACUACUUUCGACGAUGAAGACGUUGAAUUUAUCGACCUUACAUCUGGUGAUCCCUCAUUACGCUCGUCAAGUUCCGCCCAGGGUGAUCGUUCUGGAGUCCCAUCUUCGUCAAUCACACCUUCCCAUACCAUCUCUACUACCUCCACUCCUGGAAGUCCCGGGACUGUGGGCUUUCAAGCUCCACCUGAUCGCACCUCCGAGAACUCAUCAUCUUUGAAGAUAACUCCCAGACGUAUGAUGCCCCCAUUGUUUGUCGGAGCUCCCCAACCGAACUCCUCUAUUUCUGCGUCCCGGCAGGCGAGAGUAAACCUUCAUCAUACACCAAACCCUUCACUGCCAACGACAUCAUGGUCAGACUUAAAAGCGACAUUGCUUGCACCAUCUAAGCCUUCUGGGAAAGCCAUGAAGGUUAAUUGUGAAACUUCCGCUGCCUCUUAUGCCGCCGACCCUCCUCCCACAUCUAAACAACCCAUAUCGUUGGUGCCUCAGUGGAACAAUACUUCCGGACAACCCCUCAUACAAAUGUUACGUGCAGCUGCAGCAACCUUGCAUUCCCAUGGCAUGGACAACGUCGAUGUUAGCAGUCUCCCUCUUCAUCCUUAUUACACUCCGUGUCCUUCUAAGAUGGUUGACAAUAAUGCAUUGGUAAACGACCUAGAGCCAAUGCCAGCCGAAUCUGCGGAUUUGCCCGUGGAACAUGUUAAUGAAGACUCGGAUGUAGACGAUGUUCCCCUCUUGAAGCGGUUGCAGCAUCAGGUCACCCAACCAUCGUCGAAUGUCAAGGAACAUCAGCCUCCAAAGAUACCACGUCCCGCGACAUCUCUCAUUCGGAAUGUGGAGGAUUCGAACGAUUCUGAUGACGAUAAGCCACCCCAUAAGCGAUACAGGCGAAAGCAAGUCAGCGUUAUGCCGCCACAGCAACCUUCGGGUUUGAUGGCUGCCUCGGUCAGCCGAGCUGAUGCUGAUACGUGUUCGCAUCACUAUCGUAUUGAUGUGUCAAACGAGGGAAAUGGUAUCAAGAUGGAGCACCAUGAGAUGACUUUCAAACGAAAUGGGUAUGCGAACGUCAAAACUGAUGUUCCUCUCACCUCCAAAUCCCAUCCGAGGUCCAUCAAACCUUGGGCACCUCCUGCUAAGUCGUUGGUUCCUCCUCGACAAGUAACAUCUCGAUCUUGGUCUUUGUUUGACUCUGACUGUGGCUCUGAUGGUUCGCUCGAUCAUUCGGUUGUCGGUGGAGGCACGCGAGGGGAAGAGGGUGACGAGGCGAAAGAGAUGGAGGAUGUUCAGAAUCAUCUUGUUCGAACUUCCCCGUCUUCUAACUCGUGAAGCUCGAAGGACUGAGGUGGGAUAAAUGUUAAGUGUUGAUAUGGAUAGAUAUGGGUUUGCACUUUGCUUCGUACGUGUGGCAGGGGUUGACCGGGGAACCUGCAACCCGAAAACAUAUAAACGAAUUCAAUUUUCUUGGAUUACUUAUCGAUGUCUGGGCUCUUUCAAGUUUCCCAUUGCUUAAAGGGUUUACUACUGCAUUGUUUUGUUGUUCAUGGGGCCUUGCUCUUGAGAUCUACUUGCUGUAAGCUCCUUGACUUCUAUAGACUAUACCAAUUAAUUCUCCUCCAUCUGGAAACCACUCCCAGACUACAUGGUCCUUGAUAGUAUAAAUAGUCAUAUAGUACACAUAGCUUGAUACCCUCUACAUAGUAACUACCAUAUUUGGCAGAACUCUAUGUAGCACUAUCAUGCAC